AUGGCCAUGACAACCCAUUCCGCCGGACUGCGCUUGCAUUCGAGCGAGGCCGAGCGAAAGCCCAGCAGAAGCCCACGGAAGAAGACUAGCAGGACGGGCUGGGGCAGCAGAUGGCUGAGCAGUGGACGUCAAGGGGUUCCAAGACGCAUUGGAAUGCUUCGUGGAAGCAAACCUUUGUGGGCAUCACUCGAGGUGGAAGUUUGGAAUGUCUCUAUCAGUGAUUCUCUAGGGGCUAGAGCUCACCUUCAGAUUCAAGGAACUUAUUGGCACAAGCUGGGCGUCCAAGAUGCUCCAGCAAUGCGCUACCUUUGCUGGCAACAGCCGCAUGAAAUCAGCAGUUCGGUACCACCGCUAAGGCCUAGACCCCGACUUUUUGUAGUUUGCGCCGAUGCGGGGCGGAGCAAUAGCGCCCGCCGGGCACGGCGCAACCGCCGCCGUGGCGGAUGGGACGCCGAGGAGCCGGCGCCGGACAAUGCAGCACAGAUGGCGUUGGUGCCCUCCCGACCUGCCCUGCCACCUGGCCAGACCGGCCGACCAGCUGGCAUGCACGGCCCGGUGCCGGUGAACCGUUUCGGCAUCGCAGAGGCUACGCCAGAGGCGCUGGCCGCAGCCGUGUUCCGAGCACAGCAAGUGGAGAAGGCAGGCCUCGAGGCCAUGCGCGACAGCGGAAAGAUCCCUCGAGGGCCGCCAGAUCUCCCCACCGGUACUGAAGUCAUCGAGCAGAAAUGCGUGGCGUACCUCAUCGGCAAGGGAGGUCAGGCAUUGGCGGCCAUCAACGCAGCCGCGGGCGUCUCCACGCAGAUCGAUCAGUCCACGAAGCAGUUCGGCUACAGCAUGGCAAACAUCUACGGCACCGAGGAGGGCACUGCCAAGGCGAAGCUGAUCCUCCGGCAGAAAAUCUCAGAAUACCGGCCACUGAGAGGAUGA